UCUUCAUGAUUUGAUGAACGACAAUUUGACAAAAAUUCUUCAAGCAAUCAAAGGGAAUACUGAUUUAGAUAAGGUAAAAUAAAACAAUUAAACAAACUAGUUUAUUCAACUUAGCACUCAUACAUUUUUUUUAAGGGUGCUCAUAGCGAGGCUCCAUUUCAGCAAAAUGACGGUGAAACACAUCGUAUAUUUGAGGAUGACAUAUUUGACAAGUCACCAGUUCAUAAGGCAACAGAGGCAUUUGGAUCCCAAUUCCCAAUUAAUACACCUCAACAAAAAACAAGUGAUGUGGCUCAUGUUGAUCCUGCAAGCAUACAUAGCCAUUCAAAUGAUGAUAAAAUCGUCGAUGCACUGGCCGACUAUGUUGCUCAUGUUGAUCUUGAUGAACAUGAUUCAAAACAGUUGACACCAUACAAUGUUUAUUCUCAAAAGCAAGGACACACGAUUUAUCAGGAAACUCAGUUUGAGUUGGCUGACGAGUUGCUUCCGUCGCAAAGAACCAUAUCGAGAAUUGUAAUGACAUUGCGUAAGGAUAGGCAUCCUGGACCAUUGCAAAUAUCUCCUUAUCUGUCAAAUUUUGGUUCAGCUUCUGGCAGUUCAGUUAAGUUGACUGCAAUAUUUGACAAAAAACACCCAUUUGAGCAGUGUUGCAUCACUAUGGCUCCUAAUAAAACAGUUUCGACAGAGUUCUCAAAAUGGAUUAGGGAUGGGAGACUAGUUAGGCAUGAGAGCAAAAAGAGCAAAGAUGACCACUACAAAAAGGGGAAGGAACCACUGCCGUAUUUUUUGGAUUGUGGUAUCAAGAAGAUCAAAGAUAAAAAUUGGUUUUACCUGUUAGCAAUGGAUGGGCAGUUGUUGAAUGAUGAGCAUAUUGAUGUGAUUUUUUACUACCUACACAAGAAAUGGAAGUAUGACACCAAUAGCACAUACAAGUUUACCACCGUUGAUUGUCUUUUCAACACAAGCAUUGAUGCCAUAUCUAAAUCCUAUGGUGAUCCGGAUGGUGUCUCAAACCUACGAAAACAAGAAGAUUUUUUAUGUGAAUAUGUGAAAGGCCACCGGAUGAUUUGCACUCUCCCGUGGCAUAUGGUUGAUAAUGUCUUUAUCCCAGUGAACAUGAAAGAUAAAAAUCACUGGUUGCUGUUCUAUCAUUCAUGGACAGACGUCUAUAUGUAUACGAUUCGUAUAGAGCAUCGGGCCAUGAUGCAGUUGUUAAGGUUGAAAUAGACAAGUUGUCCUCAUUAUUGCCACUCUACUUACACAUCACUGAUUUCUAUCAAUUAAAGAAAGGCAUUGAUUGGGAUGGUCACCCAGCAUGCAAAGAAAAAGCCAAGGCUGAUAGGUUUGAGAUUGUGUAUGUUCAAAAUCUGCGACAACGCAGUAGCAUGUACGUGUGUUUACUAUUUUUGCUCAAUUUAAAUACACGGAUCAGCCAUCUAUCUAAAUACAUUUAUAUGUUUUUCUGUCUGCAGGGAUUGUGGGGUUUAUGUUGCUGCAUAUGCGGAGUAUUUGAGUUUGGGAAAUGGUAUACCAGCUGAAGAUUUUGAUGUUGAGUUACUGCGUACCAUAUAUGCUGCACUUUUAUGGCAUUAUGCUCGGUAGAAGAUGGAAGCUGAGGCGAUAAGUGAUGAUGAGGCACCUCCAAAGCCAGUUAGAGCAGCGAUAGAUUUUGAGAAUGUUGAAAAAAUAGUUAUUUCUUAGUUUCUUUAGUCAGUUAGACCAGCAAUUGUAAAUCAGAUUAUGAUGUUGUCCGUAUUGGAUUUUAUGGUUGUAUUUUUCAUGGCUACAAAUGCACAUUUCUAGUAAUGGACGCACAAUUUGUGCAGUGACUUUGUU